UGUAGUUCGACUAGGUGUCAGAGUCAUGUGCGCCGGGCGGAGGGUCUCGCAGCGGCUGAGCGGAGCCAGAGCUGCGAGCAAAGUCUUCAGCACGGCAGCCAUCUCUCUAAAGGGAACCCGGAGAGGGAGGAAAGUCCGCGUGGCGUACGAAGAACCAGACGGCGGCGCUGCCGAGAAGGUGGCUGGAACGGAGGCCGAGAAGCAGAAAUGGGAGCCGCGGAGCUGGCGGGAGCAGCUGGCCAACAUCCGGGAAAUGAGGAAGGCCAAAGACGCCCCCGUGGACCAGAUGGGGGCCGAGAAAUGUUUUGACAGCACGGCCCCUCCUGAGGUGAUGCGGUACCAGGUGCUGCUUUCCCUGAUGCUGUCCAGCCAGACGAAAGACCAGUGGAGGCCCUCGGCGGCCGUGAUGCGCCUGCGGGAACACGGCCUCACUGUGGACAACAUCCUGGACACGGAGGAGGAGACUUUGGGCCAACUGAUUUACCCGGUGGGGUUCUGGAAGAGCAAAGUGCGAUACAUCAAGCAAACCACAGCCAUCCUGAAGCAGGAUUACGGGGGUGACAUCCCGAAGACCGUGGCUGAGCUGGUGAAGCUGCCGGGGGUUGGACCCAAAAUGGCCCACCUGACAAUGGCUAUCGCCUGGCAGGACGUCUCUGGAAUUGGGGUGGACACUCAUGUGCACCGGAUUUCGAACAGGCUGAAAUGGGUGAAGAAGGAGACUAAACUCCCCGAGGACACGAGGCAGGCUCUGGAAACCUGGCUCCCCAGGGACCUCUGGAGUGAAAUAAACUGGCUACUGGUUGGGUUUGGCCAACAGAUCUGCUUACCCCUAAGCCCACGAUGCAACGAAUGCCUCAAUAGGGAUAUCUGUCCAGCAUCCAGAAAGCACUGAGAAGCAAAAUACUGUCUGUCGCCCAGUGCUUGGGGGGCUGAGACCCCCUGUGAAAGGGAACACCAGAAGGCCACCAAGAGGCGAGUGAUUCUGUGGCUGACCCAUCUCCUGUGGGUCAGCAUCCUGGCAGGAAGGAUCAACCCAAAGUUGUGCCGUCUCUGGUGUGUCCCCUCCUACACCCUGGUGGAAGGGGUUCGUAUGAAAGAGGACCAUAGAGAUGUUUCAGGGCUGGUGUCCCAGACUGUUCUGGAAAGGACUCCCCCUUUAGCAAAAGGAUAUAUGAUGUAGAAAGCCGAUUAAUUAAAGUCUUUAUUUUCAAACUCA